AUGGACGGCAAUGGCGGCUUGGGAAUGAGGAACUGGGGAGAGUACUUCGAGCAGCCCCAGAGGAAGGGAGGACUGAGUCUCCAGCUAGCGUCAGCCGGAGAGCGAGAACCGAGACCUUUCCUCUCCAGGCGGGCAUUCCUCCACCGUGAUUGCAUUGUCCAGGAGCCUUCCAUUCCCACGGACUACAUGCGCGAGGGCUGGAUGUACCCCUGCCGUGAUAACAGCAAGAUGCUCCACGUUACGAACCCCAAGCAUGCUGUUCCCUUUGAUGCCCAAUCUGCAGGCAGUGUUCACACCAUUCAAAUGCUUAAACAAUCAGAUCCCUCGGCGUCCAAAGAGGAGGAGAAGGCUCCCGCUGUGAAUGGACUAAGAAAAAGGUCACGAGGAAUGAACUCAACCAGGGCGCAGAAGCCGGAUAAACCGAAGAAAGCUUCUGCAAAGAGGGGCGAUGGCAUUAACAACAAUAGUACUUCUGCUUUGCCCGUCAAGGGAGGCAAACGGAGCUUGGACGUGGUCAUCAAUGGCGUCGAACUGGAUAUCUCGAGGCUUCCUACGCCAGUCUGUUCAUGCACAGGCACUCCCCAGCAGUGCUACCGGUGGGGCCUCGGUGGAUGGCAAUCGGCAUGCUGCACCACUGAAAUCUCGAUGUACCCACUUCCGAUGAACACCAAGAGGCAGGGUACGAGGAUACCUGGCCGGAAGAUGAGCCAUGGCGCUUUUAAGAAGGUCUUGGAGAAGCUCGUUGGUGAAGGGUAUAACCUCUCUACUCCGAUCGACCUUAGGGCUCACUGGGCCAAACAUGGUACCAAUAAGUUUGUGAUAAUCAGAUGA